UGGACGCAAGCAGAGGCCAUGCACUGCCUUUUGAUGGAACCCCUUUUACCAUCUUGGGGUUCCAAGUAAGACAGUGCAUGCACGGUCCAGAUCGUCACAAAAAAAAGUCUAUACAGGAAACCUCUGCUGUGAGACAAUUGUUGCAGCCCACCAAGAAAAUGAAUUGCCCAGCCUCUAUUCAUGUAAAGGCUGUUCUGAAAUUUCCUGAGUUUAAGAUUGAAGGAAAUGAUUCAGCUUGGAGGAGAAAACAGCUAUCAAAACUCCUCCGCCAGAGGUUGUCUGAGGAAGGACCUCUUGUGAAAAACCUGGAAAUUCACAUCACCUUACCUGACCCAGGAGAUCACAGAAAUCAUUUAACUGGAGAGAUUUCAGGACAAAGCCAACCUUUAGAUGAAGCUGUUAUCUCUAAAAUUCAUGGCUUGGUACAUGAUGGUGUCAGAAGUAUUGAUGAGAUGAAGAGACACUUGCGUCUCUUUGUCCAAGAGCACAUUCAAACAGAGGAUACCAUAAUUUCAGAGUUGAACAGAAGAUACUAUCCCACAAACAAAGACAUAAGAAACCAUAUGUACAGGGCACUUCGAUUUUGUCAGUUUUCAACUGAAGAUCAAGAAAAUAUUCAGCACAUGGUAAAGGAGUGGGAGGCUGCCAACCCUGCUGAUCACUUUUAUUAUAGGCCACAGUUUGCAGGGGAGGAUAAAGAAUUGAAUGGAGUAGACUCUAGAUCUACAGCGACAUCCAAGUCAUUGCUUUUUGUUCAUCAGUCUAGCUGGCAACAAGAUCUUCUCAUGAAAUAUGGAGAUGAAAUCUGUUUGCUUGAUGCCACUUACAACACCUCCAAAUAUGACAUCCCUCUUUUUUUUCUCUGUGUGAACACAAAUGUAGGAUAUUCCAUCGUUGCUUCAUCUGUUGUUGCCAAUGAGAACAGAGAGAACAUAAAAGAAGGACUGCAGAUGGUGAAGGAAUGGAAUCCAGAAUGGAAUCCCAAAUACUUCAUGACGGACUUCGACGAGCGGGAGAUUUGGGCAAUUGAAAAUACCUUUAAAGAUUGUGAGAGUUUACUCUGUGAUUUUCACAGGGAGCAGGCAUGGACCAGGUGGAUGAAAGAUGGGAAACAUGGUCUAACUACUGUCCAAAUGGAAGUUCUUGAACUGCUCAGGAAAAUAGCCCAUUCAGCUACCGAGAAUGAGUUUCAUGGUCAUGUGCAGAAUCUUAAAUUUUCAACUCACUGGAAAGAAAGUACUUUGUUACAGAAAUGGUUCGAAGGGAAAUGGCUGAAAAAUGCAAAGAGGUGGGUGUGGUGUUUUCGGAGCUCGCGAUUAAAUACUCGAGUCACAACCACAAAUGGGUUAGAGAGACAACACCAAGAGUUUAAGAAAACAUACUUGGCCAAAUACAGAGAUGGAUCUCUUUCUUCAACCUUGUCUGUGUUGAUUUCGAAUUAUUUGCCAGAAUCACACAAACGAUACAUUCAGUACAAUAUUCAGAGCUUGGGGGAGUACAAGAAAUACUCAGCUCAUAUUCCUGAAUUUUUGGGCAACAGGCCAAAAUUCUUCUUGGAACAUUGCAUGAAACGAAUUCCACCAAAAUGUCCAUAUCUGCCUGUUACUGCAAUAACAUCUUUGCCAAGUGGAGAAUUUCGUGUCCCUAGUUCUGAUGGUAAGAACUUCUACAUUUUGGAUUUGGAGAGAAGAAUGCCAAGCUGCUCAUGCCCAGAUUGGAGUAAAUGCCACCUUCCCUGUAAACACAUGCUCAGCAUCUUCUUUCAUUUCCCUGGCCAUAGUUGGGAGUUUUUACACCCAGAUUAUACAGAAUGUCCACACUUCAAAGUAGAUAGAGAUAUCCUUAAACAAGCUAUAGAGGUUUCUCCACCAAGAAGUUCUAGACCAAGGACUGAUGAAAUUGAUAAUACUGAUUUUGAGGCAGAUAGAGAAGCAGAAAAUGAUAUACCAAGAGCAAAGUCAAGUACAUGUACCAAAUCAAAUUUAAGACUGAACUGUAUUCAAUUGUUAAAAAACAUCUCAUCUUCCAUAUAUCUUGUCCCCGAUCAAGAACAGCUGGUUCAUGUAUAUAAAAGUCUGCAAGACAGUUGGACUUCUAUGCAGAAAUUGGUCCCCAAGCAUAAAGGUCUUCCAGUGAGAACAACUUCUUUGAUGGUAAAAAGAUUGCAGACAAAAAAAUACCGAUCCCUUCCAUCAAGAAGAAAGAGAAGGAAAAAACAUAAACCUCAGGGGACGAAGAGUAGAAGAGUGCAAGAAGAAAUUCUGAUAGGAACAGAAUCUGCAGAAGAUCCAGAAUUAUAUGGGCAGAGUGUUACUGAUGGAGGAACUGAAAACCCACAUUGCAGUUUUGACUCCAGCGUUCCUGCUGAAAAUGCCGCCGUGGACAAUAGUCUUGUUGAGGAUAUUUGGGCUCAAAAACCAGUGGGUCAUCUGUGUAGCAAGAUAGGACCAUACAAACUGAGUGACAGGUCCUUUUACUGUUUAAAAACCAUGCUCCCAGAUGAGAUAAUUGAUGCAUAUACAUAUCUGCUUGCAUCAUCACAAGAGAGCAAGCAUGUGUAUCAUAUCAAUUGCACACUCAUGACUGCAAUAUUCAAUGGAAAUGCUGAACUGCACAAUUACCUUGCUGAGGUGCCAAAGUUGGAUGACUUUGAUGUGCUAUGUGGAGCAGUUAAUGAAGGAUCUUGUCACUGGUGCCUUGUUUACAUCAUGCCAAAGGAUCAGAUCCUAUACUACUUAAAUCCACUUGGAGAAUCAUCGUACCGAUUACUGCGAAUUGAAGAAAAGUGGAAAAACUUGUUAUUUGGAAGAGAAAAUUUAGGCAUAUCAGAGAAUCCAACAGAGUGGUUUGUCCAUAGCAAAAAGCAUGCUCGUCAAACAGAUUCCACAUCAUGCGGUGUUUUUGUCUUAAAGUUCCUUGAAUGUAUGCUUGCCGGGGAGGAGAAUUUAGAUAUUGAUAUUACAGGAAGAAUAUUGGACACAAGAAAGUCCAUUGGACAAGUUCUUUUAAAAAACAGUGAUGAUUUAGAACAGUAUUGCAGAUAUUGUUAUACAAAAGAGUCUGAAGAAAGAGGGGCACUGGUUUGCUGUAGGCAAUGCACUGGAUCCAAAUAUUUCCAUGUCAAAUGUGAAUGUUCCUUGCAUCCUGCUGCAAAAGGAAAUAAUGGCCAGAACAAUUCUAGUAUGGAAUACCAGUUGAGAAAAAAUCCCACUAAGAAAAAAAAGAGAAGUUCAUAUAUAUAUUCUGACUUAAAAGGAAGAUAUACAUGUACCUCAAGUCAACAGUCAAGAAACUUGCCAGAUACUACGUCAUCUCCAAAACAGCCAUUGGACCAUAGUCUUUCAUGGCUUUAUGACAGUGUGCAUGCUUACACUGAACAAUGUAAAAGACUUGUCAAUGCAUUAUGUCGAUUAAGUCCAGGAAGGGACUUAAUGAAAGGAGCUUCAACAGUCUCAGGCCACAAGAUAUCGGUGUUGUUUGAGAAUCACAUCAAGGCAAAGCUUACAGAGGUUAUUAGAUUGAAAGAUGGAAGAUCAAGCUGUUAUGAACCACAUUGGCGGCAUGUAAGAUGGAUUAAACGGCAGCCACUUAAUGAGCAUCUAGAGAUGAGGAAUUCUGAAAAGGGAAUUGAGGAAAGAAGUAAACUUUUUGGAAAGGGUUGGAAAGAAUUAUAUGCAUUGGUUUUGGAAGAGUUUGGAGUCUUCAAGCCAAAAACAAUAAUAAGAAUUGGUUAUUGCCAUGGCCACUAUUUAUCCAUGAAGGAAGACAAAAAUGAGCCACUCAUGGCUACUCUAGAGGAUGAGAUGGGACAAAAUAUGAAUGAAGGUGUUCGCUAUUUCAAAGACGUUUUGUUUGUUGAGUCAGAGAUUUUCGUUGCCUCCCUUGUUUGGAAUUUGACAUUAUUGGAAGCUGAACGUCGUCUUUACCCUAUAAAUUAAUUUAUGUUAUACGUGUAUUUGUAAAGAUAAUAUAUUUGUAAAGAUAAUGUUGAUUGCUCACUCCAAUUUAUAUGUUGUAUAUGUAUUGGUAAUGUCAAUUUGUAACUAUUGUGCUGUAUUGAUUGUAUUUUAUUUAAACAUUUAUUGAAAAAAACCUUGUUUUAAAUCAACCAUGAAUAUCUAUGAUCACUGGAAGUUAGACCAGUGGUAGUAUUAUAGGAAUUUUACUUUUCUAUUUUGAAUAUGAUAAUAUAAAUACAAGAUAUCAUCAAAAAUAGAAUAAAAUUUGAUUCAUUAAAUGAGAACCAUAAUUCAUUAUGUUGUGGACCAUAUAAAAGAAAACAAUUCUUUGUCCGAAUUUCCUGUCAGCUUUAUACUAUGAAAUGUAUAUUAUGUUAUGUAUGGUAAUAUAUUUGAA